AUGAACCUGUCAGGGACGCUGAACGUGUUCCGCCUGUUCGCCAACCCAGCACUGUCUCUCCCGCAUUGCACGAUAGCAACCUUCGAUCAGCUGCCCGCCCCACUGUCCGCGGCGUUCACUGUUAGAGACGGCGAGAAGCAACCAGACAUUCGCGCCGUAGUGCUCGAUAAAGACAACUGUUUCGCCGUACCAAAGCAGAAUGUAAUCUACAAAGCAAACCUUUCCAAGUUUGAACAGCUUCGUAGAGCGUACCCAGGCUCUCGCUUACUCAUCGUGUCGAAUUCGGCAGGCACGAGUUCUGACAUUGGUUAUGCGGAAGCCGAACUACUGGAGAACAAUACCGGCGUAAAGGUGCUUCGACACCUAGUCAAGAAGCCUGGCUGUCACGCCGAGAUCAUGGAAUACUUCCGUAAUGCACCUGAUGCUCAAGUUACCUCGCCAGCUCAGGUGGCGAUUGUAGGCGACCGCUUAUUCACCGACGUGCUCAUGGCAAACAUGAUGGGUUCUCGCAGUGUCUGGGUCAAGGAUGGAGUAGUCCCAGAUCAUGGAUUGCUUUCUCGCUUCGAAAAGGGCAUUUCGAGCUUCCUCUUGCGUAGGGGCUAUCGUGCCCCGGAGCCACAGAGUGACUUUGAAUGAACGCGUGGAACAUCCUCCGCCAGACACGCAUGGCGCAGCAAGGCGGAUCGUCAUGUUGGAACAAUGCGUUCCUUACCGUCGAUCCGCACAAAGUAUGCGGAUGGCAUCAUCCGGCCGACUGCCGACGCCCGGAACGAUUGGCGUCAUAUUGUCGCCCAGGAGCCAACUUAGGAUCUCACGUACAGAUGUGGCGUAGAGUUGCUUUCCAGCACAACGCUCACCGCAAGACGUCUUUCCGA